AUGUGGGUUUUCGAAAACUGCUGUUUCUGCAUAGAUUUAAAGACGGGAUGUUUUAUAAUCGCUUAUUUGCAAUUGGUGGGCGAGAUUAUCAUCUCCACUUUAAUGUUCCUUGGUAUUGGAGCUGCUCAAGUUUUAAUAAACAGUUCUGACCCAGACCACAGGGCUGCUGGUGCUACUCUCAUGGCACUCUGCGCGGUAACCUUACUCUUCGUUGCCGUACUUUUGGCCUUCACGAUCGUCUUAUUGGUCGGACUCCAUAAGAACAAAUCGGGCCAUGUCAAGAUAUUCCUGAUCUACUCCGUGAUAUUCAUGUUGUUUUACAUAGUGAUGACGAUAGUCGAAAUAGCUGUGACUGCACCACCAGCCCAAAACAUUGUCACGAGUGUAUUUUAUAUACUUUUGGACAUCUACUUUUUACUCGUCCUACGAAGCUACUGGGUCAAGAUGGGCAGCGGCAACGCCCUCUACGGGAACGCUUAA